AGUUUUAAUUUGAAAAAAUUAGGCAACCACGUCGUUCUGUUGCUCUGCGUUUUAGAAAUAUUGAUUAGGUUUUCCUUUUCCUCCGUUUUGGGUUUGGAUUUCGCUCCGCCGUCCUUUCACUCGCUCAGUCCGCGCCUUUCCUCCACAGUUCUCGCCGCCGGCAACCGUGCGUGACGACUCUGUUCGAGUGACUCCCGUUGAGAGCAGGACUCUCAAGUCAAAUGUGAUGAUUUGCUUCCCACCAUCUUUACCUAAAUAUGCAUGAGCAUGACCAUUGGUUUUGAGUUGUGAUGCAGAGCAUGACUUUUGGUUUUGAAGAUUGAAGCCCAACAUCUCCCUUUCUCUUUCAAUUUUCCCUAUAUUUUGUCUUUUUUCUCAAGCAUGAAGACUGAAGCCCAACAUCUCCCUCAAGAUUUGAUAACUGAAAUUUUAUUGAGGUUGCCAGUGAAGUCUCUUAUACGCUUCAAGGCUGUGUGCAAGUUUUGGCGGUCUCUCAUAUCGGAUCCCCUUUUUGCAAACUCACAUUUUGAACUUGCUACUCCUAGACUCGUGUUCACUACUGAUUCUGAUUAUGACAUUCAAACCAUCGACUUAGAUGGACGGCUUCACUCUAAUCCUUUUUUUGAACCAAUAAAUCUUGACUUUUUGCACAGCUUUUUUACUUUUAUUGAAGGUUCGUGUAGAGGCUUUCUUCUACUGCGCUAUUAUGAAAGCCUCCACUUGUGGAAUCCAGCCACACGUGUCCACAGACCGAUACCUUCAAUUUCUGCAAUCGAAGACCCGGGUUGUCAAUUUGGUUUUGGGUAUGAUUCAUCCAAAGAUGACUACUUGGUGGUUAUAGUGUCUAAUCAUGUAACACCUGUGCAGUUUUUCUCAUUAAGAGCUAAUGUGUGGAAAUAUAUUCAGAGUACCGAUUUACCUCCCUUGAACCUUUGUUAUAAUCAUAGACCCGGGUUGCUCUUGAACGAGGCCAUUCACUGGUUGGCUUGUGGCCAUGAUAAAACAAAGAAUGUUAUUGUUGCUUUUGAUUUAUUGGAAAGAAGACUUCUAGAGAUACCCCUACCAGAUGAUCUUGCCUGUAAUCUUAAAUCUUGUGCAUUGUUGGCGCAUGGAGGACUUUUGAGUGUUUAUGUUAAGAGAAGUGACACACUUGAAAUAUUUGUUAUGGAAAAAUACAAAAUACAGUCUUCUUGGACCAAGACCAUUGUUGUAUCUUUGAGUGGUACUGACAUUUUCUCAAUAUGCUCUACAAAAAGUGGUGAUAUUGUUAUGCAUAGUAUGACAGGACUUGAGAAGUAUACUGAUAAAGGAGAACAACUACUGGAGCAUUGCGUGGGUGGUGGUCUUCUAAUUUCCCAAGUGUACAUGUACACAGAGUCUAUCCUUUCACUCCCUGAUGCCAAAGGGCAAAGCUGAAAAAAUGCCUGACAUUAACAAAUGAGAAUGAAAUUUGUAUUGUGAAAUCUUGUGACAUUAUGAUGCAUUGAACUAGGGGAAGUGAUUUAGGUAGAAUAAUGAAACUACCUCGAAUUUUUUUAUUUUGUUACAAGAGGAAGACUUCUUGCAUAUUGCCUUGAAAUUUGAGGACACUGGUUAGGAAUUGCU